CAAUAAAAACCAAGAGUUCAUCAUUUAAUGGCGGCCUCCAAGGGCACACGAGAAAUCUAAAAUCUUGUGAAAUUCAUAUUAUUCCUUAAACUUUUAAACAGUAAAUAAAGUAUUUACAAAUAUAAUGGCAUCAGCACCACCAACUCCGCCUUUGGUAACUCCUGCGCCGCCAACCAAUCAACCGGCAGAUAUCGACGAUAAUAAGGUACCGCAGGACUCGGGAGACUCUGGAAGAAAUCCUGGGACCUUUGAAGACAUUCAUAAAAAAACUCGAGAUGUUUUCCCUAACCCUUUCGAAGGAGCCAGACUCGUUGUGAAUAAGGGUUUAUCGAACCAUUUUCAAAUAAACCAUUCGCUGACCUUGUCUUCACUGCAACAAUCGUGCUAUAAAUUUGGCGCAACCUACGUAGGAACAAAGCAGAUAUCACCUAACGAAGCUUUCCCUGUUUUACUAGGAGAUAUUGAACCAAGCUCGGGAAAUGUAAAUGCUAAUAUAAUUCAUCAGUUUACCGAUAACAUUCGUACUAAAUUUGUUACCCAAAUUCAAAAUAAAAAGUGGGCUAUUUCUCAGCUGGCCAAUGACAUCAGGGGCUACAAUUACACAGCAACCGUAACUAUUGGCAAUCCUGAUUUGAUGACAGAAUCGGGAGUUUUAGUAGCUCAUUAUUUACAAAAUAUUACUAAAAAUCUGGAUAUGGGUGCUGAAUGGAUCUAUCAAAGAAGCCCUAAUGUUCCUGGAGGUCAAAUGGGAGUUGUAUCUGUUGGUGGGCGAUAUGUGAGAGGACCUUGGACAUUCAGUGGAAACUUAACUUUAUUUUCUCUAUCGGAAAGUAGUAUACACGGUUGUUUUCAUAGAAAGCUGAAUGAAAGUCUUCAGGUAAGCUACUUAUAUAUAACUCUAGGGAAUAUUAGAUGGUUUAUUUCUACGACUCGUAAAACACACAAAUAAGCAAGCACUUAUAGUGAUGGAGAAUGAAAGGGAGCAGAGCCCGAAAGAAUAAAAAAAAGUUAUUCUUUAAGAAGGCUAUAAAAUUUUGUCUUUUCCUUUUAGUAUAAAAUAUUUCUUUUUAUCAUUCGAAAAUAAUUAUAGUUACGAUCUAAGUCAACAUGAAAACUAUUAUUAAAGUACUCAGUAAUUUAGAAAGAUUUGGAUGAUGCGUGAGAUCGUUACAACAUAAAAGACAUAACGGAAUUGGAAUAUUUACGAAGAAAGAAUAAGUUUAUAUAAGUGAAUUAAGAUUAUAAAGUUCCAAAGAGAGGUUUAGAAAGUCUUCUAUAGGAUAUUAAUUAUGACAAACGAGUGGUAGUAGAGGCCUCAGUUUUUUCCACAAAGCCCUUAUUAAAUUCCGUUGAAAUAGAGCGUGGUUAAUUAGUUUUAUAAAGUUACAGAAUCUUUUUUGCGAUACAUUUUUAGAUAUUAAAUAACAAUUUUUUUAUAAUAUAAAAAGAAAGCUUUCUUGUCAGCUUGGAACAUUUCUCAGUCGAAACGAUGAAACGAUACACUUUGUUAUUAAGACUGCUUGAUAUUUUCAUUUAUCCAAAUAAAAAUGGAUAACUAACCGUAUUUAUCUUGUUAAAGUAAAUAAUUUAGGAAUUUUUUCAUUUUAUAAAGAAAAGGUGGCAGUAUUUAAGUUAUCAGCUAAAAAUUUCGGAUUCGACCUCUGCCCUACUUAGGGAACAUUCUCCGCAAAUUUUACAAUUUCUUUUUUUCAUUAUUCUUUACGUUACUUCUUUCAUCUUAUUUAAUAGCGAUUUAAAUGUUUAUAAGAAGAGUAGACAGUUACAGCUUUAAUUAUUUAUUUUACUAGCAUAGCUCAUUUAUUAUUUUUACAUUAUUUCUUAUCAGAUCGCUGGAGAAAUCGAAAGCAAUCAGAGAACUAAAGAAUGUACAGCGACCAUAGGCUAUCAAGUCGAUCUUCCCCAGGCUCAUCUUACUUUCAGAGGUAAUAAUUUAGCGUAAAUUUCGAAGGUUGCUAUUUUUUAUCUUAUGUAAAAUGUCUCUUCUAUUCCUACAGGCCAAAUCGACAGUAAUUACCAAGUAGGCGCUGUUUUCGAAAAGAAAUUGCCCCCUCUUCCCUUCACUUUCCAGAUGAGUGGAUGGGCUAAUCACGUCAAGCAAACUUUUAGAUUUGGUUUAGGAUUGAUGAUUGGUUGAAAAAUAUUUCUUUAAAAAAACUGUGUUCAUAAAGAAUAUGUAACACCGCAAAAAAUAUGCAACAAUAUAAAAAAGAAUAAAACAAGAAGACGUUAUAGAACAAAAAUAUAAAUAAAUGAAUAAGAAAAGAUUUGUAAUUAUUUUUUCUUCUUAAAUUAAUUAAUAACUUUCACCUCCGAUCUAAUUUCAGUUGAUAGCAAUCUCACAAUUUCAUUUUGACAGUCUCUUUUUUAUUUAUUAUUCACUAUCUCAGUUUCUUCUAGACCAUGUUCGAUUGAUAAUUCAAAUUCAUUUUUUUCUUAUUUCUUAUCAUUGUUAAUAUUUAUUAAAAAAAAUGUAAGCGUUUGCCGAGUAUUGUGCAAUAUAUUUUGAUGUUACAUCAUUUCUCUUUACCUUUCUAUAACAUAAGCUGGCUUCCUGGGAAUAGAAAGUUAACUUUAUAAAAAUGAUGAAUAGCUCAAAACUGUUGAUCUGUUGCAAAAUGCCUUUGAGCAUAAAGUUAAGGAAAAGAAAAUUGGGAUUUAUGACGGUCCGAUUUCAGCCUAGAGCGAUAACACUUGGCAUCAACUCGGACGGCUGACAUUUUACAGCAAUUGAUAUUUUUUAACAGACUCGCCUCCUAACCCCCACCCUCUAUUUUUCUCACUCUCUCUCACUGGCUAGCUUACUUUCCUUCAACUGCAAUCAUCUAUUUAAAAACAAAAGAGAGAGAGAGAGAGGGUUCAUAAAUAUCUGACAUAACUGAAAAUAUAUACUUGGCCAGAUUUUUAUUCCAUCUAAGAUGAUUUAUGUAAUUAGGUAAUUUCUCUUUACCUUUGCAUAAUGCGCAAAUAAACAUUCUACAUAUAUAUAUAUAUAAA